CCUGCCUCGCAGUUCCAGUCUCGGCCGCUCGCCCGGCCCAGAAGCUCCAAAGAGCGGGCGCCCCUUGCCCCGGCCACCCAGCCGCGUGCCCGCGCCAUCGCCUCUAGGCUUUGCAACAUGCUCCAGGGACGUCCCGCGCCCUGAGAGCCUCCGAUCUUGGGACGAAGAGGAGCAGGGGACCCGGGGCGUGGAGGAGGGGAUCCUCAGCCUUGGAGUUGACUUUUUGCCGAUGGUCCAAAGCGACACGUCCAAGUCGCCUCCCGUAGCGGCGGUGGCGCAGGAGAGCCAGAUGGAGCUGCUGGAGAGCGCGGCUCCCGCGGGGGCGCUCGGAGCACAGUCAUAUGGAAAAGGAGCCAGGAGGAAAAAUAGAUUUAAAGGAUCGGAUGGAAGCACAUCAUCAGAUACUACCUCAAACAGUUUUGUCCGCCAGGGUUCGGCAGACUCCUACACCAGCCGCCCAUCUGAUUCAGAUGUGUCUUUGGAAGAGGACCGGGAGGCAGUACGCAGAGAAGCUGAGCGGCAGGCCCAGGCACAGUUGGAAAAAGCAAAGACAAAACCUGUUGCAUUUGCAGUUCGGACCAAUGUCAGGUACAGCGCAGCCCAGGAGGAUGAUGUCCCGGUGCCUGGCAUGGCCAUCUCAUUCGAGGCAAAAGAUUUUCUGCAUGUUAAGGAAAAAUUUAAUAAUGACUGGUGGAUAGGACGGCUGGUUAAAGAAGGCUGUGAAAUCGGAUUUAUUCCAAGCCCAGUCAAACUAGAGAACAUGAGGCUACAGCAUGAACAGAGAGCCAAGCAAGGGAAAUUCUAUUCCAGUAAAUCGGGAGGAAAUUCAUCAUCCAGUUUGGGUGACAUAGUUCCCAGUUCCAGAAAAUCGACACCUCCCUCCUCUGCUAUAGACAUAGAUGCUACUGGCUUAGAUGCAGAAGAGAAUGAUAUUCCAGCAAACCACCGCUCCCCUAAGCCCAGUGCAAACAGUGUAACGUCACCCCACUCCAAAGAGAAAAGAAUGCCCUUCUUUAAGAAGACAGAGCACACUCCUCCUUAUGAUGUGGUACCUUCCAUGCGACCAGUGGUGCUGGUGGGCCCCUCUCUGAAGGGGUAUGAGGUCACAGAUAUGAUGCAAAAAGCACUGUUUGAUUUUCUAAAACACAGAUUUGAAGGGCGUAUAUCCAUCACAAGAGUCACUGCUGACAUCUCUCUCGCCAAACGUUCAGUAUUAAACAAUCCCAGUAAGCAUGCAAUAAUAGAAAGAUCCAACACAAGAUCAAGCUUAGCGGAAGUUCAGAGUGAAAUUGAAAGGAUUUUUGAACUUGCAAGAACACUGCAAUUGGUAGUCCUCGAUGCGGAUACAAUUAAUCACCCAGCUCAACUCAGUAAGACCUCUUUGGCCCCUAUCAUAGUGUACGUAAAGAUUUCUUCUCCUAAGGUUUUACAAAGGUUAAUAAAAUCUCGAGGAAAAUCCCAAGCAAAACACCUCAAUGUCCAGAUGGUAGCAGCUGAUAAACUGGCCCAAUGUCCUCCGCAGGAAUCAUUCGAUGUGAUCCUGGAUGAGAACCAGCUUGAGGAUGCUUGUGAGCAUCUGGCCGACUACCUGGAGGCAUACUGGAAGGCCACCCACCCUCCCAGCAGUAACCUCCCCAACCCUCUCCUUAGCCGGAGUUUAGCCACCUCAGCUUUACCUCUGAGCCCCACCUUAGCCUCUAAUUCACAGGGUUCUCAAGGUGACCAGAGGACUGACCGCUCUGCUCCCCGGUCUGCUUCCCAAGCUGAAGAAGAACCUUGUCUGGAACCCGUCAAAAAAUCCCAGCACCGUUCUUCUUCAGCCACACACCAAAACCACCGCAGCGGGACAGGCAGAGGCCUCUCUAGACAAGAGACGUUUGACUCUGAAACCCAAGAGAGCCGAGACUCCGCCUAUGUGGAGCCAAAGGAAGAUUAUUCACAGGAACAUGUGGACCGCUAUGUCCCACAUCGUGAACAUAACCACAGAGAGGAGACCCACAGCAGCAAUGGCCACAGACACAGGGAGUCCCGUCACCGCUCUAGGGACAUGGGUCGAGACCAAGGUCACACUGAGUGCAGCAAACAACGAAGCCGGCAUAAAUCUAAAGACCGCUACUGUGACAAGGAGGGGGAAAUGAUAUCCAGGAGAAGGAAUGAGGCUGGCGAGUGGAACAGGGAUGUAUACAUCCGCCAAUGACCGUGCGUGUCCCUGCCCCCAAGCCUUGUGUAUCAUCCUUAAGCAAAAUCUUUGGGGGCUACAUUGCAACCAUCUGUGAUGUCUUGUCUAUUUUGUAUUGCUGUUGCUUCAAUAGCAAUAGCAUGCAAUCAAGUAUUACUAUACAUUCUUUUGCAAGUACCACAGAAAUUGGCCUAGUACAGCUGCAGUCCUCUGUCUAUAUCCUGAACUCUUCUAAAGCUGUUUGGGUAGCUGCCACCUCAACAGAGUGGCUCCAGAAAUGUAGUUAAUGAAUCCAGUGAGCCAGAUGCAGUGCAGAUAACAAGUGGAAUUUCUCCAUAUUUGUAAUACCCAGAUACCUGACCUGUCUGUCAUUCUUUCAUGGACCACUGUUUCUUGCUUGUACCUCUGGCUGACUAAAUUUGGGGACAGAUUCAGUCUUGCCUUACACAAAGGAGAUUAUAAAGUUAGAAUCUAUUUUCUAUGUACUAGUACUGUGUACUGUGUAGACAGUUUGUAAAUGUUAUUUCUGCAAACACCUUAUUAUAAUUAUAUAUAUGUAUAUAUAUACAUAUAUAUGUAUAUAUAUAUAUCAGUUUGAUCACACAAUUUUAGGGUCUUAAUGCCAAGUCAGCAGAUUUGCUUUAUGAAUCACAGGGACUAGACAUGCCCACAUUCAGGAAAUUUCUAAUAUUGUCUAGACACCUCUCCCUAUUCUCAGAGAGGGCCUGUACAUACUGUAAAUAUGUGUGAUUGCUUGACUUGAGCUUUGAUUUCUGAAUGUAAUCCCAUCUGUGUACGUUUUUUAUUUUAACCAUAAAUUAUGGUAAAUGUAACCAAACUCCAGAGGUUUUUCUACUCCAUACAGUCCACACUGAUUGUGACAAACACCUUCUUAGCAGCUAGUGUCUGUUGUAGUCACCGCACUGGAGUAUCCACGCGGAGCCCACCAUGUGCACAUGCGCGUGUGAGUGUGUGAGUGUGUGAGCGGCUGAGAUGAAGUGGAACACAGAAGACUAAUGCGGAAACCAGAGACUGACGGCUGAGAGUUCUGCCCACCUGGCUUUGUACUUAACUGUGUUGUAUGUUGCUUUCAAACCCACUGAGCAGCCAGGGAAUGUGAGGAAGCUUGCUGCCAAAGGAACUAGGGAAGCGCUCGACGCUGGCUCCUUGCUCUUGCCCUUCAAGAGAGGAUACAUGGGCAUCUUGUACUGUGAGUGUUCCACUGGAAAUGGACAAUCUUUGUGUGUCAGAAUAUUUUGUUUUAGUAAGAAAUGUUUACACAGCUUGUGCAAUUAUUUCGUAGGGAAAUAAAUUUUUAUAACUUGUC